UUGGGUCCAAUGUCUUUCUCAAACGCAGCAAUUCCUAUUGCUUUCCUUUUCACUUUUCUCUACAUUCUAUAUGGAGUCUUCUUCCGUCCAAACCAAAAGAAACUUGGCCACAAACCGCCGGGUCCUUGCCCGUUGCCACUCAUCGGAAACCUCCACCUUCUGGGUGACCUCCCUCAUCGCAACCUUCAAUUCCUGGCCAGAACGUAUGGCCCCAUCAUGUCCCUGAAAUUGGGACAAGUCCCAGCCAUCGUGAUCUCUUCAUCUCAAGCUGCUGAACUCAUCUUCAAGACAAACGACAUCGUUUUCGCCACUCGUCCUAAAACCCAAGCCUAUGAUUUCCUCUCUUAUGGCUUCAAAGGCACUGCGUUUGCCGAGUAUGGCCCAUACUGGCGUCAUGUAAAGAAGUUGUGCACUGUACAGCUUCUAAGUGUGCCAAAAGUGGAGAUGUUUGCCCCUUUGAGGAGGGAAGAGCUGGUUUUAGUGGUGAAGUCUCUAGAGGGAGCCUCAGCGUCAAGAGAGAUUGUGGACCUUAGCGAAGUUUUGCAUAACCUUACGGAGGAUAUAGUGUUUAAGAUGACAUUUGGUGCUGAUACUAAUAAGGACAAUGCCCUCAGUUACAAGGAGCUCGUUCAAGAGGGAAUGAGCCUUGCCUGAGCUUUUAAUCUAGCAGAUUAUUUGCCUUGGCUACAACCUUUUGAUCUUCAGGGGUUAAAAAGGCGCUUAAAGAAAUGUAGGGAAGCCACUGAUGAAUUGCUGGAGAAGAUAAUAAAGGAACGAGAGCAAGCCCAAAAUGUAGACAAAGAGAACUGCAAGAGCUUCAUAGACAUAUUGCUCUCUCUGAUGAACCAGCCCAUGGGUUUGCAUGAUGAUGAACAAGAAGUUGUUGUUGAUCGAACCACGGUGAAGGCUAUAAUAAUAGACAUGUUUGCUGCAGCACUGGAAGCCACGGCUGUUGUGGCUGAGUGGGCUUUAGCAGAACUCAUGAAGAAUCCGAGGGUGAUGAAGAAGCUCCAAGAUGAGAUUCAAAAUGUUGUGGGGAUGGAGAGGAUGGUUGAGGAGGCAGAUUUAUUGAAGCUAAGUUACUUGGAUUUGACAGUGAAGGAGACCUUAAGACUUCAUCCUGCUGGAUCUCUGAUUCCUCGAGAGGCCAGGGAAGACAUCAUAAUUGAUGGUUAUUACAUAGAAAAAAAGACAAUGGUGCUGGUCAAUACAUGGGGCCUAGGUCGAGAUCCUAAACUGUGGUCCGACAAUGCAAAUACAUUUUAUCCGGAGAGAUUCGUAAAUAGCGAUGUGGAUGUGAGAGGACAUCACUUCCAACUCAUACCAUUUGGUUCAGGUCGGAGACGAUGUCCUGGAAUGAGAAUGGGUCUGAGCAUAAUCAGAUUUGUGGUGGCUCAGUUGGUUCAUUGCUUUGAUUGGGAGCUUCCUUAUGGCAUUAGCCCAGAAGAGUUGGAUAUGAAUGAGAAAUUUGGGCUCACAAUACCUAAAGCUAAGCACUUGCUAGCAAUGCCAACUUGUCGCUUAAAUGCCCAGUCAAGUUCACAUAGAUGAUGAUGAACAAUGUUACUGUAACUUCUUUGAUCCUCUCAAUCAUGAUACUUUUUAUAUAUACACGUAGAUGCACACAAGCACAAAAGUGGUAGAUCAUGAUCACCGCUUCAUUAUUUUUCUCUUUAUGUAUUUUCUCCUACACAUUGGGCAUGUAAUGACUUACAAGACUAGAUUUCAA